GACUCUCCGGUGGGGGGCGGGUACAAAUACGAGCGGCCGCCAUCUUGAAGAGCUAGUUGACAAGCUUCGUUCGCAGUCAGCUAAAACAUUUACUCAAACACCGUGAAAAGAACCACCAAACUCGAGCCUGCAAGGAUCGAUUCAUAUCUGAAGAAAGACGCCGGUCAAGAUGGCUAUCUGAACAGUGGGCCUAGAACCGAGCCAGCUCCAGCCGAACCCUCCUGGAGUUUCGUUUUCCCGCAGACCACUAGCAGCUCCUGCCCAAAGCCCAACCACAGUUUGCUGAGGAAUCGAUGCUCACAAGAAGUGUGAAGAUUGAGAAAAGUUGCCCACUAAAAGCCACUUUAAACUUUCUAGGGUGAAAAUAUUGCAAUACCCGCUGAGACAAAAGACAAUUUACCAGUAAGUCUCAACAGGGAAGGACAAUCUGUUACUGAGCAAGGCUUCAGAACUCUUGCUGCAGUUGGAAGCAACUUAAAGAUUAUUGAAGAAAAAUGAGCACCGCCAGGACAGAGAAUCCAGUCAUCCUGGGGCUGUCCAGCCAGAAUGGGCAGCUCCGGGCCGCUGUGAAGACUGCAGGACCGCCAGGUGGAGGUGGAGGGCCCCAACAACAGGCGCUGAACCAGUUGAAAGGCACAAUCAACAAUGGCAACUCUCUGUCGGCCCCCACAACAAAUACAGUCAUCAAACCUGGAGAUGACUGGAAGAAGAGUUUGAAACUGCCCCCAAAGGACACAAGAAUGAAAACCUCGGAUGUGACUGCAACCAAAGGCAAUGAAUUUGAAGAUUACUGCCUAAAGAGGGAGCUGCUGAUGGGAAUCUUUGAGAUGGGCUGGGAAAAGCCGUCUCCCAUUCAGGAGGAAAGUAUUCCUAUUGCACUGUCUGGAAGGGACAUCCUGGCCAGAGCCAAGAACGGCACAGGGAAGAGUGGCGCCUACCUCAUUCCCUUACUUGAACGAAUUGACCUGAAAAGGGACUGCAUACAAGCUUUGGUCAUUGUUCCCACCAGAGAAUUGGCUCUGCAAGUCAGUCAAAUAUGUAUCCAGGUCAGCAAACACAUGGGCGGUGUGAAGGUGAUGGCGACUACUGGAGGAACCAACCUUCGUGACGACAUCAUGAGACUGGAUGAAACUGUUCAUGUAGUCAUCGCUACUCCAGGAAGAAUUUUAGAUCUCAUCAAGAAAGGAGUGGCCAAAGUGAACCAAGUUCAGAUGAUCGUUCUAGAUGAGGCUGACAAACUCCUGUCUCAAGACUUUGUGGUAAUGAUGGAGGAGAUGCUGGGCUUCCUGCCCAAACAGAGGCAGAUUCUGCUCUACUCUGCCACCUUCCCUCUCAGCGUGCAGAAGUUCAUGAACUCACAUUUGCAGAAGCCCUAUGAGAUCAACCUGAUGGAGGAGCUCACACUGAAGGGUGUGACUCAGUACUACGCUUAUGUAACUGAGAAGCAGAAGGUCCACUGCCUCAACACCCUCUUCUCCAAGCUUCAAAUAAACCAGUCCAUAAUCUUCUGCAACUCCUCCAAGAGAGUGGAGCUCCUUGCCAAGAAGAUCUCCCAGCUUGGCUAUUCCUGUUUCUACAUUCAUGCCAAGAUGAGACAGGAGCACCGUAACAGAGUAUUCCAUGACUUCAGAAAUGGCCUCUGCCGGAAUCUCGUCUGCACUGAUCUUUUCACGAGAGGGAUCGACAUUCAGGCUGUGAACGUUGUCAUCAACUUUGACUUCCCAAAGCUGGGAGAGACGUACCUUCAUCGCAUCGGUCGAUCAGGUCGCUUUGGACACCUGGGCCUGGCCAUCAACCUGAUAACCUACGAUGAUCGCUUCAACCUGAAAGGCAUCGAGGAGCAGCUUGGAACCGAGAUCAAGCCCAUCCCCUGCAUCAUCGACAAGAGCCUGUAUGUGGCAGAGUACCACAGCGAGAGCGGGGAAGAAGUCAAGCCAUAAGCCAGUCAGCGCCCCCACGCCCCCUCCAUCAUCCCCUCACCCUGCCCUGCUCCCUGGAUUUUCUUUUAAUGUACAGUUUGUCAUCGAGUUGAAGGCCACCGGAGGAACGCGAUUCCAUGAACGAACUCAUGAGCCUUUUUGACGAGGCGCAGUGCUGCAUCACCAUGACCUGAAGGAGACGACCCACGGAGGAAACGACGGGCAGCGCGACACGCCUGUGCACAUCGUGGAGAAUUCAUACCAUGAGACCUGGAAGCCAGCCCCGCACCCUCCACGCUUCAGUUUUGUUUCCCAAUCUCACCGAUUUGUAUCAAGUGCCUUAAGCAGCUCAACUUGUUCUGAAGUAAUAACCCGCCUUGUGUCAGCUCGCUCUCAUCACACGUUCACCUGGAGGCCAAGUUUGAUUUCCCACCACAGAGGUGAACUUUCUUUUGUUGAUCAUCCAACGGCGCUGAACGGCAACCUUCUCAGCGCUUGGCUGGUAUGAGUCAUCACACUUGACGCUGGCGUUGUUGCGUUUGAGUCUGGCGAAUCAUUUGUGGACACGCAUGGAAUUUUCCUCCACAGACGUUUUGUUUUUGUUUCAACGAAGAAGCCAGUAACUCGGCAGGAAAUCUUGUGCACACAAAAGACCCAAAUACUUUCCUCCGUUUCUCCAUCUCGACACUAAAAACAAACACCGCAGCCACUCGGCACCAGAGUCACAAGGAUUCCUGUUCCGCUGGAGUCUUGGUUUUGUCCCGGUUUCUCAUCUUCUGAUGGAUGGCUAUUCUUAAGACCGCUGCAGUUCCUGCUGCGCUGUGUGUGUGUAUAUACUUUCAUUUUAAGGUCCUUUUAGACAAGUUCUCAAGGCUGGCAGAAAAUACAGCUAUGGCCCGCCCCCUUUUCUCACAAACGCACUGGACCCUUAGCUGCCACUUUUGUUUGGAUCUGCAGUACCGGCCCAUUAAUUUAUGAUUUCAGACGCUGCAGAGCUGAUGACGAACCAACUCGUCUGCAUGAUCCGACUUUCAGUUGAAGACACAGAAUUUGCCAUGAAGAGCAGUGCAUUUCAAAAGUAACCCCCGCCCCCCCGGCUGAUGCCGAACUUGUGCGUUUUCAUUGUCGUCAGCCUUUACUUGUGAACGUGACCUGAGGUUCUGUCGGACCUUUUGUCGCCUUUGAAAAAAUUCUAUCAUGUAGUACUUGCUGCAGUGCAGCUGUAUUGGCAGAGUUUUUUUUUUCCCUUUGGUUCUGGUGGAUUGAUGCGCUUGUUACAAGGAUCUGUGUGGACGGACGGCCGUUUUUACUCACUGCUUGGUGUUUCGGCCGGCUGAGCCAAAAAUGUAGCAGCGAACUCUCUCUGUUCAUUGCGCGUUAGCGGACUUGACUGAAAACGGCUAACGAAAAAUGUAACGACCUGAGCUGCACAGAGAUGAUUUCAGGCAAUAACAUGGACUGCAAUGUUUUUUUUUUCUUCCCUUUUGUUUUUUAACCCAGAAAAGCCCGAAACAAGGAAGUACAUGUGGAGUUUAAAAAAAGAAAACGAAACGGGAAGUUCUGUGAAGGAUGUUUUAAGUCAGACUUCCAACUCUGACAAAGUUUCUCUGCCAUUUUUUUUUCUGUAUUGUUUGGGAUGGGUGGGGUUACAGUUAGUCUUGUUUUCAUUGGUGGAACCUGAUGUCAUCAACUUGGGUCCCUUUUGAAAACACGAUUCCCCUGACGACGAGGGUGAGAUGCUUUUCUUGCCGUUUCCAAGCGACAAGGGUCUGUCGUGCUCGAAAUUCCAAGCACCACAUUGUCAUCCCUCUUGUCCUUUGGAGCGGUGGUCCCUGUUCUCGCAACUCUAUUGCGCCCCCCGAUAUUCUACUAACCAAUCUGGUCAAUUAGUGCUCGUAGCUUUGCAAACUCCAAAUUGUUUCAGUAGAAGAGCGAGCAGGGACCGACCCGACAGACGAGGCAGCUGUCUGUUUCCCCAGCUUUCACUUGGUGCCGUGAUUCCGGACCGAAGCAAUUGAUCCGUCGGGAAUCAGGGCACCGCAGAAGGUGGGGAGAACCUUAAAGACCGAAACGAUAGCAUCUUGCCUUGGACCUGCUAUUCGGAAUAUUCCAUCAGAAAAAAAAAUCUGUUCUGUCUUUAAGGUCUUUUAAAAUGUGGGAGGUAAAUCUGGCGUCAGGCUGCCCUGGUGCAGUGUAGCUCUGCUGGAUCUGUCCGCUCCAGAAGAGGUUGCGCUCCGCCAGCAAACGUGGGAGGAGCCCCAUCAAGGCCUCACCAUCAGAGUUCAAGGGUUUAAAAUGUCAAAAAUGAAGUUACCCUUAUCUUUGGAUUCUUUUCUUUCCGAUGUUCUCAUUGAAGGCUCCAAAUUUAAGUGAAGUAAAAUCCUGAUUUCAAUUUUAUCUGAGGAGAAUUUGGUCUUUAUUGGAUUGGCAGUUUGUUUUUCAGUGAUGCUACUUUUUAAGGUGGGAGUUCUGUUCGAGUGUUAGUCAUUUGGAGAAUCUGAAGUUGUGUUGGAAAUAAAAGCUCGCUGAAUUUA